AUGCCGCGGUACUAUCCCAAACAAGAGAAAAYURUUGAUUUCGACAACAUUUUGGAGGCGAUCAAGUCGGUGAAAAUACAUCACAACAGCGUUCGACAAUCUGCRACGGCACACAAAAUUCCGAGGACCAACCUGAUGCGUUAUAUUGCAGCAUUUGAUGGUGCGAGCAUUGACGUUACUACUGCCAAUGCGGAUGUAAUGAAGAAUUUGCUGGCUGAAAGCACGACGAUGGGCACAAAAACUAUCUUCAACAUCGAACAAGAGAAGGCGCUGAUAAGCUACAUUCUCCAGGCCAGCGACAUCAACUAUGGAAUUAGUUUGAUGGAGCUUCGUAAGCUCGCGUACGAAUUUGCUCGGAAAGUUGGCGCGUCGUAUCCGGAUCCAUGGAACGACAAUCAACAGGCGAGUAAGGAUUGGCAGUUGGCGUUCAUGAAACGCCACAAAAAUKUGUCACUGCGAACACCAGAACAAGUAAGCCAGAGCCGUGCGAAGCGAUUCAACAAAGAGAAUGUCGAUGCAUUCUUUGCCAACCUUUCAUCCGUUCUCGGUAAGGCGCCGUUUGAACCUCACCGAAUAUGGAACAUGGAUGAAAUCGGGUGCCCGACCGUGCCAACCAGACCUGUAAAACCAUCGCGCGCAAAGGACAAAAGCAGGCUUAGUGGCCAGUCUAUACCGCCAUUCUUCCUCUUUCCCCGAGUCAACAUGAAAGAGAUUUUUAUGACUCAUGCGAGUCAUGGCGCUGUUGGUGUUGCGAACGGUUCUGGUUACAUGAACUCUGACGUGUUCCCUCAAUUCAUGCGUCAUUUCAUCAAGCACACUGGUGCUAAUGCCUAUUCGCCAACCAUGUUGCUGCUGGACAACCACGGUUCGCAUUUAUCGAUCGAGGCGAUAGAUUUGGCGAAAUGCACGCACAAAAUGCAGUCGCUAGAUGUUGCGGUAUGUGCACCAUUUAAAGGCAUGAUGACCGUGAAGCAUGAUGCAUGGAAAAAGUCCAACAUUGGUGUCACUUUCGAUCUGCAUCAUGUGCCGCUCCUUGUCGAUCAGUGCUUCGAUGUUAUGUUAACGCCGAAAACCAUCAAAUCCGGCUUCCGAACAACUGGCAUCUACCCGUUCAACCCUCAAAUUUUCACUGCAGUUGACUUUGUCGCUUCAGAACUGAGCGGCGAAAAUUUGUUCGGUGACGAAGAGAAAGACGCCGACAAUCAACGUCGAGUUCUUGCCUCUGGUGAUGCCAUUGUGACUGCUGCKAAUGAGGAGGUGUCAACGUCGGAGGCAUCGACAAGUGCCCCAGCUUCAACAAGUGRUGCUGCAUCAUCGUCGUUGUCUCUUGUUUCGGCUCYACAGCUCCGUGAUGCAUUGAAAUCGGUUAGCCCGUUGAAAUUGGGCACACCUGCGCCGAAAUCAAAACGUGGCCGCAAGACAAUGAAGUCAACGAUUUUGACAUCGCCUGAGGUUGUCGCAGAUCUGCUUGACAAGGCCGAAAAAAAGCGGCAAAAAUUGACGAAGGCAGCCGAUGAACCAGCAGCCAAGAAGCAAAAAGGCCGUGGCAAAUCGAAGACGCCACGGAAGAGAAGCCCGAAGAAGCAUCAAAGAGGACUUCGAUUUUUGCACGAUUUGCAAGAAAAAGAUGCCGAAGCACGAGAAUCGUCAAAACACGGCCCAUUGCAUCGUUUGUGA